GUUCAGUGUGGCCGACACGCGGAAGUUGACUUCCGGGCCAGGAGUAGGAAGCAGCACGUGAGAAAUAGAAUUAAAAUGACUAAAGCUGAUAAAAAGGUACUUGGCAAGAAUUUGAAAGAGAAAAAUAAAAAAAAGCAACUCUGCGUUGUAGAUGGAGAAUCUCAAGAAAAAACAAAAAGUAAAAGUAAAAAACAUAAUAUUGCACUGGAAGAAAAUGUAAUUUUACAACCUGAGUCAGGAGAUGAUCAUAUUGUUUUCAAGAAAAAGGAAAAAAGGAAAGGAAAGAUCCAAGCUGAGACGGAACUGACCAUCCCGAACAGUGACAAUGUCAUAAAUCCAGGUGGCGUCAACGUCAAGAAGAAAAAGAAAAAAGUUUCUUUGCCUGAUGAAGAAAAUGCUCAUCAGUUAACCCUGGAGACUUCCAGACUAAACACUAUUGAUGAUACGGUUGUUCCUGAUAAACAAGAGAAAAAGAAGCAUAGAAAGAAAGACAUUGAAGACCCUACUUCUACCGACGAGUCUCUGUCAACCAAAGACAUGAAGAAAAGAAAGAAAAAAGAUGUCCCUGUGCCUAUAAAGGAAGAUGACCCUACACCAGCCAGUACAGUUUGUAUUGAUGAUACGUUGGGAAAGAAAAAGAGGCGAAAGGAAGAGAUUUCCACUAAUGGAAAAAGCGUUUGUCAAACUGAAGAUACUAGGACGGAUGCUUCGGACAAUGUUUGUAUUAGUUCUGGUUCCGAUAAAGUAAAGAAAAAGAAAAAAAAGGUAAAGUUUCUCAACAAUGAUGAAGAUGAACCUUGUGGUGUCUCAGAGAAUAAUGUAAACUUUCAAGAAACAGAAUCUGUCUGUGAUCCAAAUAAAACCGACUUUGAACAGGUACAGCAAGAUCAUCUAGAUACAAAGUCCAAGGAGGUUUCGAAAAAAAAGAAAAAGCGACAUAUGACAAAAGAAGAAUCCGAUUUACCGAUAGCUUAUGAGUCUGUACAAGAUGACAGCGGCAACAAGGAGAGGAAAGAAAAAACGAAGAAGAAAAAAAAGAACAGAGAAUUAGUGGAAGAUCUUCAGAAUGCAGAAAAGGAUCAUGCAGAUGAGGCCGACGUUCCUAAAAAGAAGAAAAAAAGAAAAAACGAAAUAGAAAGUGCAGAAAAAAUAAAACCACCCAAAAAGAAAAAAAGAAAUGUUUUGGAAAACAACGAAGUUACUGAGGGAAAACAAGAUGAAGAGUUUGUACCUGAGAAGAAAGCCGCUUCUGUCAAAAUACCUAUUGAUACGGUCAAGAGACAAGCUCUGCAAGACGACAUUGAUAGAGAGUCAGGAAAAAUCAAGGAUGCAAGGUUUGGUCAGUGGGACACAGCUUCGUUUCAGUGCUCUGAACAAAAAGACAAGUUUCUUAGACUUUUGGGUGGAUUCAAAAAGGGAAACCAAGCCGCCUUCACAAAGUCACCAAGCCAACAAAAAGCAAAUAUGGCUCUGGGCAAGACUGAAGAGACGGCCCUAAAUAGGAACCUGCAGGAAGAGUUUGACAAGGCCCUCAACUGGAAACAGAGCAGAGGAUCUGGCCUGGGCUUCCAGCCUCCUGCCCCAAAGAAGACAUUCUUCAUUGACAAAACUGCAUCUAAAUCCAUAAAGUUUGAUGACUAAUCUGAAAACAACAGCCACCCAAGCAGUGUUGGUCUAUUCUGCAUCUUGACCCUUUUUACUGCCAAACAAGGACCUCUUUGGGAACCAAGGGUUAAACAUUUUAUAUUCAGAUGUUGUUAUUAUUAGACAUUUUUCAUGCAUAGAAGUGAAUACCAUUUGUAGUGUUAUCCAGUUGUAAAAAAUAAUAUUCUGGAUAUCAAAAAAAAAGGUUUAAACAUUUUGUACGUUUUAUAUUCCAGUAUACCAGUUUGAUAUGUAUGAAACUAUAAAUAAUAAUUAGAAUGUGCUUUAGUUUCUUUAUUAUAAGUCAUGAAUAAUAUAAAUCUCAAAAUGUGGUUAAGAGUUUGGCACUUGCCCUUCUUCAGAGAUGAUCUAUGUACAGAUGACAUUAAAACACAGUUCUGGAUA